GGGGAGGGCUGGAGGGGCUGAUUAAGAUUUGUCCUGUCACUUGACUCCGACUCAUUUCCAAACAAUCACAACUCCAUCUUCAGACUGGCGGGAUCUUACAGUCCUUCUCUCUUCAUAGAGGAACGCGAACAUGGCGAUAAAGUGAGUUUCUACAUCUUUGAUUAUUGGGCCCUUUACCAUUUUGAGCAGCCAUGUGGAAUUUCUCAAAGGAGUUCACUGGCAGAUUGUGUUGCUUUCCCAAGGAUCCACUGGAAGAUGUUGAGAGUUGGAGUGAGUCAGUUGACAAGGUUUUGGGCUGUAAAGCUGGACAGAUAGCUUUCCAACAGUUUCUGAAGUCGGAGUACAGUGAGGAGAAUAUACUGUUUUGGCUCGCAUGUGAGGAUUACAAAAAAAUUAAAUCAACACCAGAAAUGAUAUCCUCAGCCAACCGGAUUUACUCAGAGUUUGUGCAGACAGAAGCGCCCCGACAGAUCAACAUAGAUUGGGGCACCAGGGAAAGCAUAGGCAAAACCAUCUCACAGCCCACCUUGAAUUCAUUUGACACAGCUCAAAAACUGGUGUACAGUCUGAUGGCCCGGGAUUGCUACCCACGUUUCCUCAAAUCUGACAUCUAUCAGGGAUUGCUGAGGAGAAAUGAAUCCAGGUGACUGUUUCAAACGAGACCCGGCUAAAUACUAACAGUCAGCACGAUGUUUUGUUGUACUUCUGUCUUCGCCUAUUCUGCUGUAGCACCCUUUCAUUUUAGUGUGGAUAACAGGUUUAUGCCAUACAACUCGAUGUAGUGUAACUCAGUAGACAGACACCUCAAACACUUCAAUGUAAUUUGUAUGUUGUACUGUAUAAUUAUGCCCCCUAUAAAAUAUCUUUUCUAUUUGUAAAGUAUUAUCUACACCUUGGAUUGAAGACUAUAAUUAUAAGUUCUACUAUAUCUCUGAAAAAUGAAUAUUUUACAAAU